GCGCACCUCUUACAGAUGAGACAUGAUUGUGUUUUGCAGCUUGCUGGGGGGAUCAUUCUGGGCGUGGCCCUAUGGCUGAGACACGACACAAAGACCAGCAAGCUGCUGGACAUCAAGUUUGAAGAAGCCCAGGCACCCAGCACCUUCUACAUUAGUGUCUACAUCCUGAUUGCCGUCGGAGCCGUGAUGAUGGUUGUAGGUUUCCUCGGUUGCUAUGGCGCCAUCCAGGAAUCGCAAUGCCUUCUGGGAACUUUCUUCGCCUGCCUGGUGAUCCUGUUCGCCUGCGAGGUGGCUGCGGGCAUCUGGGGCUACAUGCACAAGGACACAGUGACCAAGGAGAUGAUCAACUUCUACGACUCAAUUUACGACAAGGCGGCCUCCGAAAGCGUGACGCAAGAUAAGAGAGAGGCCGCCACCUCCGUGCUCAAGGGUUUCCACGAGACGCUGGACUGCUGCGGUAAAGGACAGUUCACCAGUGUGUUGACCUCACUGACAGACAAGAUUGGGCUCACCUCCAUCUGUCCCAAGACCAUGACCCUCACCAACUGUCACACCAGGAUCGAGGAGCUGUUCACUGAUAAGAUCUACCUGAUCGGCAUCGCCGCCCUGGCGGUCGCUGUGAUCAUCAUCUUUGAGAUGAUCUUCAGCAUGGUUCUAUGCUGUGGGAUCCGCAACAGCCCGGUGUACUAGAGCACCAGGGGGGCUCCCCCAAGAUAUGAUGGAAGGAACCCUUUAUGUCCUCCUCCUCCUCUCUCUGUACAUGUAUCUGUAUCUUCCUUCACUGCUCACCAUCCCUCUCUCUCUCCCCCCCUCCCUCUCUCUCUCCCUCCCUCUCUCUCCCCCCCUCCCUCUCUGUUACCCCUCUCUCCUCCUCCCCCCCAGUGGCUGUAUUGUGUAACUGCCCCUCUCCCCCCCUUCCUCUCUCUGCUACCCCUGGUGGCUGUAUUGUGUAACUGCUUGCUGGAUCUGUAGUCUGAGUGGGGGGCGUCUGUACCCCGCCGCCGCUGCUCCUCUCGAAGAUGCUGUUUCGUAUUUGACCAGUGCUGCCCUUCAACACACGCGCACACACAGGCACACAAACACACACACACACACACACACACAGUACAUAAACACACACACGCACCACACUACACGCCCCACAAGUUCUACCGAAUGCAAAGCUUCACUUUUCUUUUGUUCUUUCUGACCUUCACCGCGUUCACGCUGAAGUCUGUGAGAAUUCCUCUUUUUCCACUGUUUUAUGUAUAAACUGUAUAUAAAUAUAUAUGAUAGCAGUGCUUUAUGACUGCAUAAGCAUGGUUGUUGUACUAGACUCCGCUAUAGUGUUAAUGCUUGUUUGCCUUGCCUUGACCAACCACUAAGAGCUUGAGAGCUGGUAGCCUGGAUAGACAUGACAGAGCCGCGAUGCAGGCCGACCUACUGCAGUCAGCAUCAUGAUAGAACCGCGAUGCAGGCCUAGCGACUGCCGCUAGCAUCAUGAUAGAACCGCGAUGCAGGCCUAGCGACUGCCGCUAGCAUCAUGAUAGAACCGCGAUGCAGGCCUAGCUACUGCAGCUAGCAUCCCUAGCGUGCACGUGCACACACACUGACGCACACGUAUACAUGCAUACAAACACACACACACACACACGCAUGUUUACAUGCAUACAAAUGCGCAGACACGCACACACACACACACACACACACACACACACACACACACACACACACACACACACACACGCACGCAUAUGAAGACCUCCCUGCCUUAUAGACCAUUCUUACCAUUCAGUCACCUCACAGUGGGCCCGUGUGGGUCAGGGCGCGAGGAGACGUUAGAGACGCACCCCGGGGUUCCUGGCUCAAAGCCAUGUGAUCCCCAUUCCCCAGGUUUAUAUUACGUAACACCGUUUACCCUCAUCCUGUGCUUAAACCACACAGGAAGGGAACCCCCCUGAUUAUCAUGUCUAGGACGGCCAUAGCGAUCGCUAUGGACGCAGCGACAGGCCCGACUUCAUCGCAGGUCAUCCAGGGCCGUGCCACUCCCUGUCGUUGGGUCCUCUUAUCAUUCGAUGGCUCAAGAGUACUUAAUUUAAGGCCGCCACAUCGUUGGGCUCGAUGCCCGGCGACACAUAGACUAUAGACUCUUGCGUUUAACGCUGGAACCUGCGAGAGCUACUCUGAUUUAAUCGGUUCCCUACCCUGCUGCAGUAUUCACCGCUCACCAUUAGAGGUCAGGCGUGUUCCACUGCCAGCUUUGGGUUGAUCUCUGUUAGUUUUAUUUAGUCCAAACGGUCUGGGGGAUUCGGGUUGCAAAACGUUCAGAGACAGUCCACCGAUAGAUGCGGAUACCUGCAAUUGAGGCAACAACAAAACAAGCAUUGAUUUGCUCGCUCCGCUCCCUCCUACACGCACACUGCCACACACACACACACACACACACACACACACACACACACACACACACACACACACACACACACACACACACACACACACACACUGCCACACACACACACACACACACACACACACACACACACACACACACACACACACACAACUGUAAUAUCUAACACGCAUCCUCCACACCUUCCGCGUAACCAGAAGUAUUUCUGUUAUCGUCUCCGCACGACAGCCGUGUCUUGCUAACUAGUUAAAGCUAUGGUGAGAUAAGCGAAAAUAUGUCUUGUAACAUGUACAGAUCUGUACAAUUCUACUAAUUAAAACCAUGAAGACUGUGCUAAGACAAUGUAUGCCUUUUUAUUGUGAUCACUUUGUCUAAUACGCUUCGAGGGUUAUGGCGACGGUGCCUCUGCAGUGUAGGUCAGACUGUCACCAAGCUGUCCUCGGUGAUAGAUAUACUCUGGUCUCCUGAACGUGUGGUUGGAGAUCCAGGCGGAGGAGUCCAUCACACGGUCCUGCCUCAGUGUGACCCAGGUCGACUCAGUAAACUGCCAGUGAUGGAACCAGGUGCGCCUUAUGUUGCACAGCGUGGUGACAGCGACCUCAGCGCGCUGCAUUGGCACCGCACCUACAAGCCUUCUCUCCUCUUCGGUGUGCCCAAAUAUUAAGGGAUUAAAUGUAUUUUACAAAUAA